AUUUAACGUGUACAUGCUAACAUGCUAGCUAGAUAGUGUGGGCUAUAACUCAACGUUUUAUAUAUUUAUCUAAAAGAAAUGUUGAGUUAGUAUAAAGUUUACUUACUAGUAGUCAUUUCUGCCUGUCAGCUCUGGAGUUAACAACAUGGGCCAUCAGCAACCAGUCGUGCAUUAAUCGUGUAUACUGAACGUGUGCAGUUUCCACAACCUUAAGGCCACUUUGGGUAUGGGCUGGCUGGCGCCGACUUGCGCAGGUAUGAAGAACAAUCCACCACAGUCCUGGGACUGGAGGGAAACAUUACCGCUUCUGUGACCUACGCUCUGGUUUCCCACAGAAAAUGAGAGGAUAACUCAUAUCCACCAACACCAGUGACAAGUAAAGAAGAGGAGGACGUUUUGAGAAUGAGAAAAGGCUGCUUUGGAGGGAGAAAAGGGAGAAUGCUUCAAAAUGUGAAAUACUCUAAAGGAGAUUCUUCUGCUACUGUUUGACAAAUGGGUCUGCGAUGCUAAUGUGGCAUUUUAGGCUCUGCAAUGUACAAGAUGUUGCUGUGUUUCUCAGCAUCACACUUUACUUAUGUCACUUAGCUGAAGCCAUCUCCAUCUAUUCUCCCCAGAGGAGCCUCACCAGGUCAGUGCAAGACGAUGUGAUGUUCUCAGUGGAAUUUAAUUGCAGUGGGAUCCCUACUAUACAAUGGACCUUUAUGUCAGGAGCGGUGAGCCGUGCUAUAGGGACUUGGCAGCCGGGGGUGUAUAUCAAUAUAACUGUGGACUACAGCAGCAGAGUGCGGCUCUAUGAAAAUGGUUCAAUGAGCCUGUCACACCUGCGGCUGCAAGAUGGUGGAUUCUAUGUGGUCACUGUCACAGACUCAACAGGAAGCAGCAAGGAUGCUGGGUUUGUCCUGAAAGUGAACGAGGUGCUGUAUGAGGAUCUUCAGUACCUGUCUGUCGCUGCAGUUGCACUGGCCUUUUGCGCUGGCCUUCUCAUGCUGGCCAUGUGGUUGCUACACAAAGCCUGCAGGAAAAUAAGGGCACGGAGACGCAAGAAGCAGAUGCCAGAAAAUGACGCAACAGAGCUGCAGCCUCUUUGAUGGACCUGUGCACCAUACCCGUCAUAAAACAUGCCUGACAAUGUUCACGCGUGUCAGUGCUGCGACACAUGGACUUGUUUUUGAAGUUGGGGUAAAGUGGAUAAAAUUAUUUUAGUUAGUUAAAGCUGUGGAGAUGGCACUGAUGAAAACCUGCAUUUUUUACUAAAUGUACAUACAAAACUCACAGCAGAUACAUUACAAAGAGUGUAAAUAUGUUUUAGUUAUGACCGUGGAAAAUAAAAUGUAUUUAUUGUUUAA